AGCAGAAGUCGAUCACCUAAAGCCUCACUUAUUGAUAGAGACAGAAGUGGCAACGAAAGAACCGAACUUGCGGUAAAACCGUCAUUGGACGAACGUCUGGAAAGUGAGAUGAAAGCUGGAAGAAUUGGUAUGAAAGUUUGGGAGGGGUUGCCUGCACCCACAUUUGAUGAAUCCGGGGGCAAAGAAUCUGAAAAAAGGAAAUUUCCAGCAGAUGAUGUUGUCGACGAGAUUUUGGCGAAACGGGCGCGGAUGCAGCAUGUGGAAUCUCGUCCACGUGAUCCGAAGGAAGAUAUGCGAAAAUUAUUGGGUGUUCUUGUUGCGAUGCAGGAAGAAAUUCAGCGUAGCGGACGUGUGGAUAAUUCGACAGUCAAUCGUUUAUACACCGAAAUGGGCGUUUCGGGUGGAAUUGCUGAAGCAGAUAACCUGGUUACACAACUCUGUCGUAUGUUGGCCAACGAAAGCAGCAGCAGCAGCAGCGGCAUUAGAGGAGGAGGAGGAGGAGGAGGAGGAGAACUGUCAUCUGCCAAUGCGUCUUUCAAUCCAACACCUAAUUUGAAUCAGUUCGUAUUGUGGAAAAUCCGGUCAUAUCUUGCAAUUCUUGGUCCUAAAUGA